AUGAGUACUUGUUUACAUGGAUUUUUCUACCAUCAUUGCCACCACUCCAACACCACCACCAUCUCUGCCACCACGGAUCCAUUACCACCGUCGCUACUGCUGCCACCACUCCACCGCCACCACUCCACUACCACCUUUCCUCCACUUCCAUCGCCACAACCGUUACUACUCCACAACCAUUAUAGCCACUACUCCACUACCGUUGUCACUCCACCACUACUAUCACUACUACCACCACCUAUCUUCCACCAUCGCCAUCACCACUCUACCACUGCUGCCACUAACUCUCUUCCAUCACCAAUACCACCACUGCCACCGCUGUCACUUUACCACCACCACCAUCACCUUUACACCACCACCAUUACCACCACUGCCGCUACUCCACCACUGCUGCCCCCACCACUGCAUCACCACUACUACCACCAUCAACUCUCCACUACUACCACUACCAUCACUGCCCUACCACUACCAUUACCACCGCCGCCGCUACCAUUUUUCUUCCACCACGUACCACUACCGUUGCUACCACUCCACUUCCACCGCCGCCGCUCCACUGCCACCACCACUAGCACUCCACCUCCACCAAACCCAUUUAAGCCCCUUUAUUAA